GAAAGGACUAUAAGAUCUCACAAAUGGGAGGUUGGCACAAUGACACUUGGAAGUGGAGUCUACAAUGGAGAAUGUCCCGAUUCAGUUGGGAAGAACAUCAGGAACUGGAGCUCCUAAAGGAGAUUAACGAGAUAACAAUUGCAAGAGGGAGACCAGAUCAAAGGAUAUGGAUUCACAGUAAAGAUGGUAGUUAUACAACCAAAUCAGCAUACCAGAUACUUGCAGCAGAACACAGAAACAACCAGCAGGGGUCGGCUCUACAAAAAGCAUGGAAUCCACUUAUACCGAGUAAAAUCUCAAUAGUCUCUUGGCAAUUGCUACAAGGUAAAAUUCCAACCAAGGAUAAGCUGCUGAAGAGAGGCGUGAUUCAGGACCCAGGCGAGUGCAGAUGUGAAUUAUGUGGUGCAGGGGAGGAGAAUUCCAGCCACCUUUUCGUUCAGUGCAAAGUGGCACGUGAUCUAUAGACAACUUGCUACAAAUGUUGGGGAAUUAAAAUAGUAACUGAUAG